AUGAGUAGAGGAAGUACAAUAUCGACAGACAGGCAUCUGGAACAUGCCAAUUAUGAUGAAGAAACAAAUAUAAUUCAAAGUUUAAGUGAGUCAGCUGAGAGAUCACGACGUAGACAAUCACAAUCCUAUUUUGUUAAUCGUUCAAUAAAGUUUAUAUGGUUUUGUUCUGCUAUUACUCUGGGAAUUAUAGUGAUUGUAUUUGUUGGUCUGUUAGUUGCUUCCAGAAUGUACGAGAAAAUAUAUAGGGACACUGUCAACAAACAAGUACACCCAUUAGCGAGAUUAACUCGCAAGGAAAAGCUCAAAAUUGAUAAUAAUGACACAAGUGAAUGUGAAAAUGAUUGGUCGAGUCAAUCGUUUCUGGCGAAUAGUUAUGGAAAUGCUCAGUCGAAGAAUCUGCGCUCGUAUUUACCCGAUAUCAUUGGGCAUAUAAAUAUUUUCAUGUAUCAACCAACACAAAAUGGGCGACACCGAACUGCACAACGAUUUCGUUUUCCAGCUGCUCGAUACACAAUUCGAACGUUCCCUAUCCUUGGUCCAUUUACGACCUUUCAAAUGACAUUGCCAUUAUUCGUACAUUCUUUGAGUGUACAAACAAUUAUCUAUGCAUCGGAAGAAGCCGUUUAUCUGCUACCUCCACUUUUUAACAAACAUGGUCAAAUUUUCUCAUUAGCGGAGCUUAUCGCGCUGCAAUAUGCUAGAUUGGAGAAACGAAUGUGUCGACAAACAUCUUCGGUUAACUUGAUGACAUUGUUUCAUCCUGGAAUCGUUAGAGGUCCAAGUAUUCCACAAAUUGAUUUAACAACCGGCUAUUUUCAAGGUGGCAUCGAAGUCAAAUAUCGUUGGCCAUUUAUUACGAAGUUUUCCAGAGUAUCAUCUUAUAUUAAUAUUACUUACAAUAAUGGCGAUCGUUACGAAGGGUAUAUAAGUAAUGGAAUGAUCAACGGUUAUGGUAUAUACAACUAUGCCGAUGGUAGCAAAUUUGUUGGUAAUUUCAUAAAUGCUUCAUCCAAUGGUUUUGGUGAAAUGCGCUGGAUCGACAAUACUUGGUACGAAGGCCAUUGGGUGAAUGACGUGAUGCACGGCAAUGGCACUUACUAUUAUCCUGAUGGGCGAAAGUAUGUUGGCCAUUCAGCAAAUGACACGGCAGAUGGAUAUGGUGAAAUGUCCUGGCCUGGAGGUGAUCGAUAUGAAGGGAGUUGGAAAAACGAUACGAUGCACGGCAAUGGUACUUAUCAUUAUACAGAUGGUAGAACACAUAUAGGUCGUUAUAAGAACGGUAUCAAAAAUGGAUUCGGUGAAAUGUCCUGGACAAAUGGCGAUCGUUUUAUAGGAUAUUGGAAACGGGAUGCAAUGAAUGGUAAUGGUACUUAUUAUUANAAAAUAAUAUGA